CAAUUUUGGAAAAAAGCAACCGCCCGCCGGCCGCCAUCGCCCAUCAUCGCGAUCAAUUCCAGUAGAUAAAACUUAUACCUAUAGGUAUAUUAUAAACCGUAGUAUCGUAUUGAUAUUUUAUUAUAAUGAAUAUAUUAUUACAGUAGUAUAAAGUUAUUGUGUCGUGUCAAUGCUCAGUGUCACUUGUAGUUAAUAUUCGUAACCGUCUUAACGUCGUUUUCGUCACGGUAAGGUUUGCUCCCAGUCUUCAAUAAUUUUAUCGUCGUCCGUUACUGGCGCAGUGGCGCGCGCGCACAACUACAAUCUCAUAUUGAAAUAUGGACUGUUGUGUAUGAUACUGAAAAUUAGACUAUAACGUUAAGCGCCAGCAUCAUAUUCCUCGUCCGCCUACUGUUCCGCAAACGUAUUGAUAAGGACAGCAUAAGGCGUUUCGCAGUUUUCAUUAACUUUUACCGACCAAUAAUCGUGUGUAAUAUCCGCCACCGCCGAAAUGGACAAGAGGAAGUUGUCAACGUCUGGAGAUUCUCUUUAUGUUACUCUGAGUUUAGCUAAAACAGCAGAAACUGAAGAAAUUAAGAAAACUUAUCGAAAACUUGCUUUAAAAUUUCAUCCAGAUAAGAAUACUGGUAACCCAGAAGCAGAAGAAAAGUUCAAAGAAAUUAAUAAGGCGUAUAGAAUAUUGACGGAUCCAAGCAAACGUAAUAUAUAUGACAAUUAUGGUUCUCUUGGAUUGUAUAUUGCAGAGCAGUUUGGGGAAGAGAAUGUCAAUGCUUAUUUCUUUGUCACAUCAAAAUGGUGCAAGGCUUUAAUAAUUGGAUCUUGUAUAGUUACUGGAUGUUGCUGUUGUUUCUGUUGUUGUUGUUGUUGCAAUUUCUGUUUUGGCAAGUUUAAGCCAAAUGUACCUGAAGAUCAACAAGCAAAUUAUACAAAUUUACAUAACGAUGGAGCGAAUUCAAAUAUAGAUGGUUUACAUAAAAAGGAGGAUAGUGAAGAUGAUGUUAUUGUGAAUCAACCAUCAUCUACAAACAAUGCUACAGGAGGUGCAGCACAGCAUACUACUGCGUUUGCCAUGCCACCACCACCUUCGGCCAACGAGACUACUGCACUGAAUCCAGAUGGUACUCCUACAAAGUACUCUGCAAGCAAAUAAAUUGUCUUUGAGUCAUUAAAGCCCGUCCCAUCAGACCCAUAUAAUUCUCAAGUAUGACAGAGUAAUUGUCCUCAAUUACUGUUUUCCAGUGGAGUUUUAUCACAGAGCAUUACAAUAAAUAGUUUUUUCAUAUUCAUUAAUCACAUUUUAAAAUUUAAAAUUCCAAGAUGAUUUUAACAUUUUGAUUAGUUAUUUAAAAAUGUACUACCAAUAAGCGUGUACAUAUAAAUUUUUCUUGUGUGUUUUUCUCCUAUAGCUUACAUGUAUUUAAUUUUGCAUAGCUAAUAACUAAAUAUAAUAUAUUAUGAAAACCUGUUUCAAAAUGUGCCAGUUUUUUUUUUUUAAAUUCUUUUAUAUAGAUUCAUAUAAAAAAUAAUAUUACUGCUUUAAUUAAAUCAUUUAUUUGAUUUUAAAAAUGUAGAAAUUUGUUUUAUUCAUUAAAAAUAAAAUAAAACAAACUUACACUUAUCGACUGAGUUUCCAAUAUACAUACAUACAACUGAAUUUAAUUUGUUUUUAUUAUAUUUUGUGAAUAUUUAUACAAUGUUGAACAACUUAUCCAAACAGGGAAAUUUGGUUAAUAUUUAUAUUAGUUCUAAUAAAUAUAUUUGUAGAUAUUAGUCACAAAUACAUCAAGUCAUUCUAUAAUAUUUUAGAUUUUUUUUUUAAUUUUAAUUUUUUUUAAGUAACAGUUUUCUAGCAUGUGAUUUAUUCUAUUUUAAUCUAGCUUAAUUUGAUAUUAAGAAGUACCUACAUUAUAUGUAUAAUUACAUUUUAAUUAUUUACAUUAUUCAUAGCUUAAAAUAAUAUAAUUAUUCAUUAAUCAUUUUAAUAUGAUACAAUAAUAAUCUAUUCAGUUUUACAUAUUUUGUUUAUUGUUGUAUUUGCUACUUGUUAAAAAAAACUGUGUUCGUGAACAAUUCGUUCUGAUUUUUUAUGUUAAUUAUUAUUUUUAUAAUUAUUUUUUAAACUUUUGUUUCCACAAAGAAAAUAAGUAGUGAUAGCCAAUAUUAAUUAUUCUACUAAUACUAUGUAAACAACAAAGUGAGAUAUAUUAGAGAUAAAAUUGUCUUGUAUAUUUUUUUUUUAUCAUAGAUACUUUAUCUUAAAAUAUAAUUAUUUCAUUUAUAAAUUACAUCCUGUGACAUUUGUGUUAUUUACUAAAUUUUUUUUUCAUUUUUUGUUUAAAUUAUUUAAGUUGUUUAAGAUUUUUGAAUCUCUUCCAGGAAUACAUAUUAUGUAAAUAACAGAACCACCUUUAUUCAAUAUUAUUAAUGUAUUACCUUGCAGAAAUCAUUUGAAUAUUUAAUGUGCAGCAUUAUAUUGGUGUAGACAGUUAAGCUAAUCAUUUUUUUAUUUUGUACUAUAAUAUAAUAUCAUCAUCUAUUACUACUAUUUCUAAACAAUAAUAACAAUAUUAUAUUCCUUAAAGAUUA